AUGCAAGCAAGACAGCCACUCCUUGUCGGCGGCCAGCCCGGAGGAUCCACAGAACAACUCAUCGAAGGCUCGGUAGAAGCUGACGGCGGAUACUGGGGGCUCUUGGAGGCCACCGGCGCGAGACGUUGCAUCUUCGCACAGACAAAAUUAUCAAAGACGGCCUCCGUCGUUUGUCCAGAUGCUGCUCUACGGCGUACGACGGUCGAGAUGGAUACCCGCGACCAGCCUUACGACAGAGUUUUUGACGGACAAGCGAUGUGCGUCGUUAGCGCCACGUCAAUAUUUACGGCGGGCAGACUGUCGCCAACGGAUUCGCUCAACAAGCUUUAA